UGGGAUGGUCAGUUCAGAAUUUUUGGGGGGGCAUUGCCCUCCUGGCCCCCCCCCUAGAUCCGCCACUGACUGUUCUUUUAGUGGCUGCAACAAUAAGUACAGCAGCAACUAAUGAAAGAGGAUCACCUUCUCUAAUUACUGAAGAGAAGGUUAAUGAUACUCUGGUAAGAUCAGUAUAUCUUCAAGUAUUACGUGGUAGAGAUGGUCGUGAUGGAGUACCAGGAAGAGAUGGAGUGAAAGGAGAGAGAGGAGAUAAGGGAGAGAAAGGAGAGAAAGGUGACACUGGAGCAAGAGGAGACACUGGCCCUAAAAGUGGAGGAGUAGUGUACACUCGUUGGGGAAGGAAGUCCUGUCCUACUGGAGCUCAACUACUGUAUGAGGGAAUAGCUGGAGGUAGCCAUUAUACUCAUUCAGGAGGAGGAGCUAACUAUGUCUGUCUACCAAAGGUUCCUCAAUAUAUGAGUACACAUAUACCUUCUCAUUAUUCUUACAUGUAUGGUUCUGAAUAUCAAGAAGUUAAUGGUAUAUUUCCAGGAAAGCAUGAUCACAAUGUUCCUUGUGCAGUAUGUUAUACAACUACUAAGAGUGUUAAACUGAUGAUCCCUGCUAGAACCAGCUGUCCUUCAUCAUGGACUAGAGAAUAUAAAGGAUAUCUAAUGGCUGAAUACUCUACUCAUGCUAGGAAUGCUGUCUAUGAGUGCUUUGAUGAGGCUCCAGAAUCCAUUGCUGGUAGUCACACUAAUGUUGAUGGUGCUUUGUUCUACUUUGUACGGACAACCUGUACUGGUCUACCCUGUCCACCUUAUUAUGUUAACAGGCCCAUUACUUGUGUUGUGUGUACCAAGUAAUGAAGCUAAGAACUAAGAAACAAGUUAAACAAGUGAUAUUUUUGUUAUUUUUGCUAUUCUCUUAAAACAACCAUUGACUUUAACAAUGCAAAAAAGA